GGUCGAGCUCGGGGGAUGGGGAAGCCGUGAAGCCUCCUGCGCAGCCAUUUGCUUGCCAGUAAGCGUGGCUGCCUGCGGAUCUCGCUUGAGCUGUGUGUUCGCAGUCUGCAACUACUAGUUUCUUUCGGCACCUCGGAGGAUUACCUAGCAGCGCCACCGACACCGGAACCCAGUUGGAAACGCUGAGGUCGCAGUUACCGCAAUGCCCAAGAAUAAAGGUAAAGGAGGUAAAAACAGGCGCAGGGGUAAGAAUGAGAAUGAAUCUGAAAAAAGAGAGUUAGUGUUUAAAGAAGAUGGCCAAGAAUAUGCUCAGGUAAUCAAAAUGUUGGGAAAUGGAAGAUUGGAAGCAAUGUGUUUUGAUGGUGUGAAGAGGUUAUGUCAUAUAAGAGGAAAAUUGAGAAAAAAGGUUUGGAUAAAUACCUCAGACAUUAUAUUGGUUGGUCUUCGAGACUAUCAGCAAAAAUUAAUGAAACAGAUACCUUUGGUGCUGGAGAUGAUGACGAAAUCCAGUUUGAUGACAUUGGAGAUGAUGAUGAAGACAUUGAUGAUAUCUAAAUUGAACUCAAAGUUUCUGAGGAUUGUUCUACAGUUUGAAUUUUGGUCAUCACCUGUUAAGAAGAAUAAAACUUCAUUCAGCAUGAAUGUAGUUUAAGGCACACUGAUUUGUUUUCAUUGUUUUAAAGUAUUUAUUAUAUUUGUAUAAAAAGCUGAUGAAGCUGAAUUAUAUUCAGUAAAAUGUUAACACUUUGUUCUUUUAAUGUGAUGGAACUUAGGGGUAGAAGAUCACCAUAUCUGCUGUUAAAACAGUGGGAAGAAAGAAAGAAGAAAAGAGAUGCCUUCCCCACUGUGAUUACUUUACUUCCAGUUAAUGGGUGUUUUGAAUAAAUUGCCUUAUCAUCGUAGACUGUGAUAAGCCCUAGUUCCAACUAGUCUGUUUACAGAGUCUUUCUGUAUGUUCCAGUUACCUAGAUGGUCUCCUGAGAUUUUUGAUAAAAUUUAAGGAAAGAAGAAAUCUGCAUUUGAAGUCAAGAAAAGGGGCUAUUUUCAGAUAUAUGUAGCCAUGUGUAUUUUUAUACUAAUUUUGGUAACUUGUAUAUUCUUUUCAUCAUUUUAUGUUGCCACCAUCAUAAUAAAAGCAUUUCCAAAAUGCAGUUUUUAGAAUACGGGUUUGAGUAGUAAUUUUGAAUUUGUAAGAUUAGUAGUUGAAAAAAUUCUAUGCUAGGUAAUACUCAAUUUCCUUAACGUUGAAAGUUUUGAUGUAUUUGUUGACAGUGUUUUUACUCAAGUAAGACAACUUUUAAUGGUAAAAUAAGUAGAUUAUUCUGUACGAUACAAAAUAGAUUGUAUAUGUUGUUUCAUUGUCAAAAGUCAUACAUUGUAACCCAUAGUUUUGAGUUUUAUGAAAAAUUAAAUUACAAUGUAUAAAUGAAAAUCUAAUUUCAUAAAAAAUUCUAUAAACUAAGUCUUUCUUAAACUAUCCCUUAGCUGAGAUAAGGGAAAAGAAGGAACCACAGCUAAGAAAUACAAUAAAAUGUUGCAUUGAGUAUA